UUUUAUUAUUCGUAUCCUGAGGGAUUUGCGGUUCACAAACAGCUAUCUAAAAAUAAAUUACCUGUGCAGGUGGGCAAACUUGCUGAAAUAUUUAGUCAUUUAUUAGUUGUAUUUCCUGAGAAGACUGCUUCGAGGACUUGCAAGUUCUGUUAUGACACAAGAAACAACAAUUUACUGACCGAUCCGUGCUGUGGCAGAAGUGGUGGCAGGUGUGUAAGCUGGUUAAGGAUGAAACAUGUCAGGGUUGCAGUGGUGGGAGCAGGUGUGGUCGGCUUCUCAACAGCUGUCUGCAUCGCUGGGGCUCUUCCUUACUGCUCAGUCACUCUGCUGGCCGAGAAGUUCAGUCCAGACACCACCAGUGAUGGAGCUGCUGGGAUCCUGUGGCCUGUAACGUUUCCGGAUAUUCCCUUGGAAAGACAAAGAAGCUGGCUCAAGGACAGCUUUGAUCACCUGUUGGCCAUUGCCCAAUCACAACACUCUCCGGAAGCAGGAGUCAUGCUCAGCUCUGGCUGGACAGUUUUCAAGGAAGUUCCAGCCAAUAAAAAGCCUCAUUUUUCAGACCUUGUGAUCGGCUUCCGUAACAUGACUGAUAAUGAAAUGAAAAGGUUUCCAGACCAUAAGUUUGGCCAUGCGUUCACCACACUAAAGUGUGAAUGUUCGAGCUACCUGCCGUGGCUUGAGAAAAGAUUCAGAAAAGCCGGGGGUCAGGUUGAAAAGAGGAAGGUCAACAGUCUUCAGGAGCUGAGCAACAGCUAUGAUAUCAUUGUAAACUGCUCUGGUCUGGGCUCUAAAACACUGGUGGGUGACUCUGAGGUUUACCCGGUCAGAGGCCAGGUCCUCAAGGUGGAGGCCCCCUGGCUGAAGCACUUCAUCAGAGACGGAGAUGGAAAAACCUACAUCUACCCCGGCAUACACUCCGUCACCAUAGGUGGCACGAGGCAGGAGGAUGACUGGAGAUUAGAGGUCGACGAAGGAGACACACAGGGCAUCCUGGAGCGCUGCAGCCAGCUGGAGCCGUCGCUCAGCAAAGCAAAAGUCGUCAGUGAGUGGGUGGGACUGAGGCCGAGCAGGAAGUAUCCGAGGGUGGAGAGGGAGGUGGUGCGCCUGCAGGGUCGCAGCGUGCCUGUGGUGCACAACUAUGGCCACGGAGCCUGGGGAGUCACCCUCGCCUGGGGAACCGGCCAAGAUGCACUGGGGCUGGUCCGACAAUGCCUCCAUGAAAUGAAGCUACAGGCCAAACUGUGAAAAUCUGAAAUCCUUUUACUGUAUGAAGAGAACACUUUAAUGGUAGGGCACACUGGGGAUGCAAAAUACAGUUAGACACAAAAUCAAGACUCAGUGAAAAUAAAAUUAUAAUGAACUUAACAGUGUGGUGUAGACACAGAGGGGCUGCUUAUGUAAUGUAAAUACUGUUUUCUAAUUCAUAUUAGCAGCCAAUAACAGAUGCUUAACAUUGAUUUGCUGUCAGAGAGAAACUGAAUAGAAACACAAAACACUUUGGAUGUGAGUGAUCAACAGCCUGUGAGAGUAUGUAUAUAAUGCACAUAGAAAAUGAAAGCUUUAUUAAUGUAAUUAAAGAGCAAGAAAGUAUUUUACAUCAUUUACUGACAUGAAACUUCUAGAGAUCAACAUCGUGCACAUGUAAGAAAUCGUUUGCUGCAACUAUUGAUCAACUGCUAAAUGUUUGUCACUUCACUUAAAGAUUGUUUAAAAAAAGUGCAAAUUAAACUUCUGAGAACUGC